AGUUUCCAGAAUCUCCAUCAUCUAUUUCUCUUUCUGUGCUGAAGUAAUUCUUGAUUUUAACAUUUAAAGCUUCUGGACAGCAGAGCUUUAACCAACAAGCCUGGAUUCAGGAGGAUAUGGAACGGACAGGUUCAUUUUGCUGAUAAGAAUAAAGGAAGUCUGCGCUACAUUUUCUUCAAAGUUUGGAAUUUUCCCUCAUUCCCUUACUGAAGUUUAACCGUUUUCACUGGAGGCUUUUCAUUUCUCUGUAGACUUGCAUUGGCUCUGCCUUAAGUAUUGCAACGUUGCCGUCCUCCUUACUUCCGCGUCGGCCCCAGUUUUCAGAAUGGGAAUCAGUCAGCCUUACCGCAUGCUCAGCCAAGCAGAGAGAAAACGUCUGGCGAGGAUCUUUCCUCGGUUUAAAAGGAUCUAUCUAGCUCCUAAUCUGUUGGCCUUAUUUAUCAUCCUUCAUGUCUGUGAAAUGAGUGCAGCUCUGGGCUUUAAACCUAAUAUUGUUCUGAUGUUGGCUGAUGAUCUCGGGAUUGGAGAUGUAGGCUGCUAUGGUAAUGACACUAUCAAGACCCCUAAUAUUGACCGGUUGGCAAAGGAAGGAGUAAAACUUACUCAGCACAUUGCUGCAGCUUCACUUUGUACUCCAAGUAGAGCAGCUUUUCUGACUGGCAGAUACCCCAUCAGAUCAGGCAUGGCUUCAAGCAAUGCAUAUCGAGCUUUGCAAUGGAAUGCUGGCUCCGGAGGACUCCCUGCCAAUGAAACCACUUUUGCCAAGCUUCUACAGCAGCAGGGUUAUGCCACAGGACUUAUAGGGAAGUGGCAUCAAGGUUUAAACUGUGACUCUCUCAAUGAUCACUGCCACCAUCCUUUAAAUCACGGCUUUGACUAUUUUUAUGGCAUGCCUUUCACUCUUCUCAACAACUGCCAGGACUACAAGCCUCCGGAGCUGGAUGCAGCUUUUCAGGCUAAGCUGUGGUUUUACACUCAGCUGAUUGCCCUUGCAGAGCUCACAGUUCUCGCAGGAAAAAUGACUGGGCUAGUCUCCAUUACAUGGAAAGCGGCCACCUCCUUUGCUUUGCUUGGAUUCCUGUUUUUUGCUUCCUGGUACUCCAGUUAUGGCUUUGUGAAAUACUGGAAUUGCAUCUUGAUGCGCAACCACAACAUUACUGAACAACCAAUGAAGCUGGAGAGAACAGCUUCUCUCGUACUAAAGGAAGCAGUUUCAUUUAUUCAGAGAAACAAGCACGGACCAUUUCUGCUCUUUGUUUCUUUCUUGCACGUCCACACACCCCUGUUUACAACAGAAGCAUUUCUUGGGAAGAGCAGGCAUGGUAUAUAUGGAGACAAUGUAGAAGAAAUUGAUUGGUUAGUAGGUCAGAUUCUAGAUUCUAUUGAUGAGGAAGGCUUGAGAAACAGCACACUUGCCUAUUUUGCCUCAGACCAUGGAGGACAGUUGGAAGCUCAGGAUGGAGCAAUCCAGCUAGGUGGCUGGAAUGGCAUAUAUAAAGGGGGCAAAGGCAUGGGAGGAUGGGAAGGAGGAAUCCGUGUGCCUGGCAUAUUAAGAUGGCCUGGGAUGCUCCCUGCCAACACUGUUGUUGACGAACCAACAACCCUUAUGGAUAUUUAUCCUACGGUGGCUCAUCUGGCUGGAGGGACUGUACCACAGGACAGAAUAAUUGAUGGGAGGAAUCUAUUGCCUUUACUACAACGAAAAGUCAAGCAUUCAGAACAUGAAUUCAUGUUUCAUUAUUGUGGAUCAUACUUACAUGCAGUACGGUGGCAUCAGAAAGAUAGUGGUGUGUUAUGGAAGGCUCACUACAUGACACCAAUGUUCCACCCUAAAGGUGCAGGGGCUUGCUAUGGAAGAGGGAUUUGCCCGUGUUCUGGAGAAGGUGUAAUGCAUCACGAUCCUCCUCUGCUGUUUGAUCUCUCGAGAGACCCAUCAGAGGCCAUGCCUCUGUCAGCGGAUACUGAGCCACUGUUCCAGGCAGUUUUAAAGCGCAUAGACAGAGCUGUGGAGGAGCAUCGCAGCACUCUCAGGCCUGUCCCACAGCAACUCUCUCUUGGCAACAUUAUGUGGAAACCGUGGCUGCAGCCAUGCUGUGGAACAUUCCCAUUCUGCUGGUGUGACAAGGAAGACAGCAGUGCCCUUUCAUAGAGAGGGCACAGGCCAAAGAAUCCUGUUACAAUGAAACUUUCUUCUUUUUGCUUUGUCCUGUCUCUCUUAAGAGCUAACAACCAUGAAGGAAGAUGCAGCCACAGCUUUUUCUGCCCUUCUCAUCUCCCAGUACUAUAACCUCUCUUCUGACCUGCUAGGCUUUGCACAACACAGGGAGGGGCAAGAGAGGGAGGGGACAACAAACUUUGAGUGGGACUCUGGAACAGCUGUGGGUGCAUCUUCUUCCCUCAUGGCUUCAGGGCCACUAAAGAGAGAGAAGAAUUUCCAGGUGAACCUAUCGGUAGGUAAUUAUACUUAAAAGGAGAGCUGGCAAUAAUUCCACAUCUCCUAUGUUUGCAAGAAUCAGUAGCUCAAAAUCAGAGCUUGGAAAAGUUACUUUUUUGAACUACAACUCCCAUCAGCCCCAACCAGCAUGGCCACUGGAUUGGGCUGAUGGGAGUUGUAGUUCAAAAAAGUAACUUUUCCAAGCUCUGCUCAAAAUACCAAGGAGGAGGCAACACCCAGGCUUGAUAUAACCAGUUCUUUCCCCCCUUUGGAAGUUCUCACAAAGCCAGCAACCAAAGCCUAAGAAUCGUACAUGUUACA